UAAGACGCAAAGAAGAAGCUGUCGCUCGCUUAUGACGUGUGUUUCCCGCGACCUUUAGCUUCGGCGGUUGUAGUGGUUUUCAGUGGAGGACUAAUUUGAGUGGGUUUAAAAUGCUCAAAAAGAAAUCAAGCACCAGUGAGAAGAAAAGGAAGCACUUUCAGUCCGAGGAGCGACAUGACAGCGGUAAACGCAGGAGUACGGGGCCCGGUUUAGAGGAAUCCAAGGACGAACUUGCUGAUCCUGAGCUUGACAAGAUUGGCAGUGACAUUGAGGAAGGGGGACUGGACCUCAGCCUGGCCUUCCAGCCCAUCACAGCUUACGUCGGUGACAAGCGGGAGAUGCUGGAGCAGUGCUUCCAUGUGCUGGGGGAGAAGAAGCUACGGAAGAUGCUUCCUGAUGAACUCAAGGAAUGCAGUGUAGAGGAAAUCAAAACGCUGUGUUGGGAGCAGCUGGAACCCAUCACGGAGAAAAAUCUCAUUCAGAUCUUAGCAGGGGAGGAAGUGACCGCCGGGAAUGACAAUGAAAACUCUGAAGAGUCUUUGGAAAGCCAGCAAGACAGUAUUGUAGACUCUACAUCGUGCCUCAAGGAAACUGCAAAAAGCGAGGACCCAAAGCAAGAGGGUGGCGGCUCUGGUGAAGAGAGCGACGUCCUCAGCAUAAACGCAGACACUUACGACAGCGACAUAGAAGGACCCAAAGAGGAGCAGACCGUUAAAGAGGAGCAGACUGCGGCAGUGAAGGAGGGAGACGACGACGAUGACGACAGCAGGCUGUGCACUGACCCGGCUGCAAAGCCGGAGCCGGCAAAUCCAGAGCCGAAGAAAGACAUUCAAAGCGACAUAGACAAGAGCGUGAGCGAGAUCUUGGCGUGCUCCUCCACCCCCAUCAAAGACGCGGCCAAAGAACAGAGCACACCGCUGCAGUCCCCGGAUGUCAGCGGACCCGUUUCUAGCGGCGACCCGGCCGUUUGUAAGCCGUCGAUUCAGCAGCUGGAGCUGCUGGAGCUGGAAAUGAGAGCAAGAGCCAUAAAGGCUCUAAUGAAAGCAAGUAACGGGAAAACCCCUCAUGUAACACCAAACACGUAGCGUGUCUUUUACUUGAAUGGUUAAUGCUCUCAAAACAAUUCAGUUUGCACAUCCUGUCUUGUUUGUAGAGGGUACAGCUCAAACCAUGAUGCGUUUGUUUUGCUCCACAUUGGAAUGAUUUCUAGAUGGUGUUUAAUUGUGUUUUUGCAUUAAACAAAGACCCCUCCUCCUGCGUGGGAUUGGA